CUGACUAGUGACACCAUCUUCUUUUUCAUCGGGCAUUGACUUGCAAGCCAGUCAAUAUUCAUGUCCCCUAAUAUGAAAAUUUCACCAUUCACAUCUGCAGCUCUGUCAAUUAGUUCACAUAAGUCAUUCAGAUAAUGAGUAUCAGUUCCCGGAGGCCUGUAGCAACAGCCUAUCAAGAUUGGUUUUAGACAUAACCUCAGAAAAUGCAAACACACACUUUGAGAUGAUGUAUGUGCCCUCUAGUCCCGCUGGAAUAGUGGGCAGACAGACCGGAUGGAAAUAUGUAGUACCGUUCACAGUAUUGAUGUGUGAUUGAACGGAUGGUGAAUGGCCGCAUGGAGGCUCACUUGAGACGGAGAAACUACGGCUGACUGAGAUAAAUGGGCAUUGGAAAUCCAGACUGGGAUUUUGCAUUUAUGAGAAAGUGUGCGCUGGUAUGAAAGAAAGUCACCGCUCUUCAAAUCUGUAGUGAGAGAGUGAGUGAGAAUGGCUGUGAAUGGGGUUCAGAUGAAUUAAGAAAAAUGGUGGAUGAAUGUGUACCAUUUAUUGCAACACGCCACAUGCCAUUGCUAGAAGUCACAUUGCAGACCAAAGCAGCUGAAAUAGUAAGAAUCAAACAGAGGCAUAGGGAUUUAGAGGCCCGUGCUAAGGCCUUGAUUUUUAGCUGGGCAAAGAAACAGGGUAAAUGUCCACAAACCCAUUUCCUGUUAACAAUAUUUACAGAAGUAGGUGUGCCACUGCCAACGCAUUUAAAAACACAAUAUGUGCUCCCUAUGUACCCCAAAUCAGCCAGCAAAAAUAGCGAAACAGUGUCGGACGUUGCUAAUUUUGCCCGAGCUCAAGAGGAGGGUGAUUUUCUCAUCCAGCUAGCGGCUGUGUUAGAAAGAGAGCGGGAGAUGAGAGACAUAGGAGGAGAGACAGUGAGGGUGGACACCGUAGGAGAGUCAGCUGCAGAUUUGGAUCAGGGAGAGAAGAGUAAAAUGAUCAGGGAAGCUGCAGAAAAACGCGUAGCAGAAGAUGAGAGGCUAAGAGCGGGAAAAGAACUAGGGAAAGCUAAAAAAGAGAAAGAGGAAAGAAUAAUUAGAGCAGAAAGGGAUUUAGCAACAGCUAUCGCAGUAGAGGAAGGUAUAAUAAAGGCCGAAAGGGAAAGAAAGAGGCUGGAAGAUAGGGAAAUACGCAGGAAGGAACUACUAGCGCAAAACGAAGACUUAAACAGAGAAGUCAGACAGAGUACGAUAGUACAGAGACCGCCCGUGCCCUCACAGCUCGAGAGUCAGGGAGAGACUGACUCAGAUUUCACAGAUUCACCCAGGGGGGCGGGGCGGACGAACACACACACACAGAGAGAGAAUAACACACACCAACCAGCAGAGCAGCUCUCAACUGAGAUAGCAACAGAUGCAGACACACACACACACCCACAAGCUGCAGGAUUUGCGUCUAGAUGCAGGGGGAGAGGUAGGGGGCUGGCUAAUUCAGCUAGCCCAUUUAAUGCACCAAAGAUAAUGAUUGGACAAACAGCUGUUUGUCGACCAUGGUCCCCCACAGAGAUCAGAGAAAUGAUUAAAGAAUCCCCAAGCCCAAUAUCUCGCCCUGAUGCAUAUCUCACAUGGUUAGCACAACAAUGUGAGAUCUAUACUUGCCUGGUACCUGACGUGCAGCAAUUGGUGAGCUUCACAUAUGGCUCCGAAUGGGGCCUAUGUAAAGCAGAAUUUGAAUUCCCGCAGGCACUAGAAGAUGGGCAAUGGCCAGCUAAUAAAACAGUAAAAGAUUGGCUGGAGGUGGAGGCGAGGCAGGCAAUAAUGAAGUGUGCGCGCAGUAAAAAUUAAUUCUCCAAAGUAAUUCACUGUGUACAACAACCAAAAGAAACCCUCUCUGAUUUCUUGCAACGAUUUAUUGAUGUUUGGGAUAACAACGCAGGGUUCAGGCGAGAAGACCACGCACCACCACACACACCACGCCAUUCAAACUUUCCUGCAAAAUGUGAAACCACACAUUUCAUCGGCAUACAAACUCUCUCUCCAAGACUGGCAGACCAAAGAUUGGGCAACAACUGUAAAUAAGAUAAUGGGGCUCGACUGCAGCCAAGUUUUCAAUUUGGAAAAUAAUGCAUGUGCGGCUAAACAAAUGGUGCAAUUUACAGGAAAAAAACAACAGGGAUGGGGGCGGUUUCCUCCUAGGAAUAAAAACAGACAGAGAGGGAAUACUUGUUAUAUCUGCGGCAAAGCCGGACACUGGGCAAGAGAGUGUCCAGCCACACCUGCACGAUACGGAAUGCCUAAUCCGGGGGCACCCGAAUUGAUGUGGAGGCCCCAAGGGCCCACAAACACCAAUCAGAUGUUUCCGUCUCCUCCUCCUCCUCCACCUCAUGAUAAUAACAGUGGGCCUCAACAUGCCUACUAUAGUCAGACAUAGGGAGGCCAUGGGGAAACAGGAUCAGAACACAAACUAAAUUUUCCGAUUGAACGCAAACAAUAUUUUCCCAUCCAAGCAACCACAAUUAGACUAUCCAACAAUCCCACAUUACCAAUUGAAGUAAAUGGUAACACAGUUGAAAUUUUGGUGGACAGUGGAGCCACUAUCUCGGCUGUUAGAGCGGCUGAACAUUCUUGUGAACCAAACACACAUUAUAUC